UGCACAACAAAUAAUCACUAUAUCACCAUGCGUAUAGAUCUCUCGCUAAAACUAACUUUUAAAUUUCAUCUUAUAAUCAGAGCCAUUCUCCAAAUACCCCACUUCUUCAAAAACACUCAACCCAUCCAAAUUUAUAAACUUUUUAUAUACUUUUAACAGAUUGAUCCUCAUCCUUGAUCAUCAAAAGUCAAAAGUGUUUAUUCAACUUAUAAUCUUUUUGGUAAAAAAGGAAGAAGAAGAAUGGUAGUGAAGAUGAUGAAGUGGAGGCCAUGGCCUUCCAUUUCAUCCAAGAAAUUUGAGGCCAAGAUCACCAUUCAUCAAAUUAAGGGCCUGAUGUUAUCAUCAGAACUACAAGAUUCUGCAAGAUUUGUGGUUGAGAUCAAGUGGAAGGGAUCAAAGGCCAAUGCUUUGAGGACUUUAAGGAGAAGUGUGAGAAGGAAUUUCACAAAGGAGGAAACUUUAAAAGAAGAUGGAGUUGUCGAGUGGAAUGAAAAGUUUCAGAAUGUGUGCAAUUUGUUAGCUUACAAGGAGGGUUUGUUUCAUCCUUGGGAGGUUUCAUUUACUGUUUUUAAUGGAUCGAAGCAUGGAACAAAUGGCAAAAUCCCUAUUAUUGCAACUGGAAUGUUGAACCUUGCCGACUUCACAUCUCAUGUAGAAAACCAAGACAGAGAAGUCACGAUUCCCAUGGAUAUGCCCGGUGCUAGCAUUGAUAAUAGGCCUUUACUUUCCCUGUCCAUCAUCAUUCUAGAAUUGAGAAAUGCUGAGGAACCUUCAGGAUUAAUGAUGAGACCAGUUGUCUCUUUUCCUCUUUCACCCUGUUAUGGAGAAAUUUCCCCAACAGAAAAAGAAGAGAAUUCCAUUCUCAAAGCCAGUCUGAAAAGAGUGAAUAUUUUUAGGGGUUUAUCUAGCCGAAGGGCUAAAAAGACAGGUAAUGAAGAGGAGGGCAGUGAUGGAAGGAUCUCGGUCAGAAGCGAGGAAAUUUACCCACUUGACACGGAAUCACUUGAUGACACAGAAGAUGGGAGCUCGGAGGAAGGGAAGGAAGAUUCUGGUGGUCGGAAGUCGUUCAGUUAUGGAACAUUGGCCUAUGCAAAUCAUGCUGGGACAAGUUACUUGAACACGAGCUGUAGUGGAGACGAGGACUGGAUCUACUAUAGCCAUAGAAAAUCGGACGUAGGGAAAAUGUUUGAUCAGUCCAUCCAGCAGACUUCAAAACGUAGAAUCCUUCCCUGGAGGAAGAGGAAACUAAGCUUCAGAUCUCCUAAAGUUAAAGGGGAGCCCUUACUGAAAAAAUAUUAUGGGGAGGAAGGUGGAGAUGAUAUUGAUUUUGAUCGCCGGCUACUUAGUUCUUCAGAUGAAUCCACUUUUGGGAAAACAGAAGGAGGUAAUGUUGCAAAUAUGCUAUCGGCUUCCGCAUUUGGAGAUGACAAUUUUGCUGUCGGUAACUGGGAGCAGAAGGAGAUAAUCAGUCGUGAUGGACAUAUGAAGUUAAAAACACAAGUUUUCUUUGCUUCGAUUGAUCAAAGGAGUGAAAGAGCAGCAGGCGAAAGUGCAUGUACAACCCUGGUAGCCGUGAUUGCUGAUUGGUUACAAUCAAAUGCUGACGAAAUGCCAAUCAAGUCCCAACUCGACAGCCUGAUCCGUGAAGGUUCAUUAGAGUGGAGGAAUCUCUGUGAAAACGAGACCUAUAGGGAAAGGUUCCCAGACAAGCAUUUUGACCUGGAUACAGUUCUCCAGGCUAAAGUUCGUCCAAUUUCUGUUGCACCGGAGAAGUCCUUCAUUGGCUUCUUCCAUCCAGAAGGACUAGAAAAUGGAGAUUGUGAUUUCCUCCAUGGUGCUAUGUCAUUUGACAACAUUUGGGAUGAGAUUUGUCGAACUGAUAUGGAUUGCUUUCCGACUGGUGACCCAUUGGUUUACAUUAUCAGCUGGAAUGACCACUUUUUCAUCUUAAAGGUCGAACAAGAUUCAUACUACAUCAUCGACACACUGGGUGAGAGGCUUUUUGAGGGCUGCAAUCAAGCAUUCAUCUUGAAAUUUGAUCGAGAUACAACCAUCCAUCAACAUAUCGAGCCUGAAAAAUCAGACAGUAAAUGUAUAACCGAUGAGAAGGAGGAACUGGAGGGCAGUUGUGAAGGACAAAUUACUAUCAGCAGCACUAAUGCACAAGGAAAUAGUGAAGAAGAACCGAAGAUUGUCUGCACCGGAAAAGAGUCAUGCAAAGAGUACAUUAAGAGCUUUUUGGCUGCAAUCCCUUUGAGGGAAUUGCAAGUUGAUCUGAAAAAGGGAUUGAUGGCAUCAACACCUCUUCAUCAUCGGUUACAAAUCGAGUUCCAUUACACAAGGCACUUACAACCCGCGAUAGAGUCUUCCAUAGUCGAAGCAGUCGCUGAUAUACCAGAGACAAAACCUGAUGAAUUAUAGUCUAAACCCCUUCUGUUAUUUUUGUAUUGUGUUUCCUUAUAAAAGGGUAAGAUCUUCUUUCCUCGCGUUGUUAUACAAAUGAACAGAUCAUGUGUGUAAUUGAAAUUAGUACAAGAUUAUCCCCAUUUGGUUUAGCCCUUAGAUUAUAUUUAGCACCAAAGCUGCUGCUUUUCAGUA